GUUUAUUUAGCUUUGUCCACAGAUCGAAGAGGAGAAAUGUUAUGUGUUUGACAAAUGGAAUUAUGUUUUUUUUCUCCAAGCGAACGUUGGUAACGAUACCCACUUAUCUUGCAAAGUUACCACAAACUUUCUUGGUUUGCUAAUUUCAGUAGCACAUAAUAAACAGAUAAUCACAAAGUAACCGUGUCACGAAAAAGUCCAUGCAUUGUUUGAUUCCGUCCGUGUUCCAUUGCUUCACUGACUGCUUCCCAGAUGGGACACAACCGAAAAGAAACCAAACCUUUGCGGUUCUUUCUUGGAAAAGGGAAGGUGGAGCUUGAAGACUGACGAGAUGGUGGGAGAAGGGGACGCGCGCUCCGCAACUGGACGAUAUUUGGCCAACUAACUGACAAUACAGAAGCUGGAGCAGAUUUGAGUUUCUCGCCCCGAAGUGGAGAGACACUCACUGAACACAUUUAACCUGUAAACAUAAAUUGUUUUCUAAAAGCGCAUAGUAUCACCUGUGGGCAGCAUUUGUGCAGUUACAUUUCGACGAUUUGGACGACCGCACUAGAAACGUCUUUUUGGAAUCGCUGGAAACAUCGCGAGCUAGUCAGCUAAUGUUAGCCAGCGAGUUAUAAACAAGUUACUUGGAUUAGUGAACGGGACCACCUUGACGUUGUAGCUACACAACCAAGAGCUAGCAGGUUGCUCCGGGAGUACUGUAAAAAUGCUUCUACGCAUACAAAGGUUUUCCAGUGCAGCUUAGGACACUGAAGCUGAACAAGACCCCACAGGCUCCCAAAAAAGGGCUUUGUUCACAGAAUUGCAGUGCUUUGUUUACUUUUUGGCACCUGCGGCACACAUUUCAAAAUGGAAGGAAGCACUGCUCUGUGGCUGAUGUGAGGUUGUUAUUGCUGGUUUGCUCAAGUUGGACUGUUGGUCUGCCAAGGACGACCACAUCUGGCCUUUGGUCUACCUGAGUCAGUCAUCUCACGCCGGACAGGUUGAUGUCACCGAUCUACAGCAUGACCCUGUAGUGCAAUACCUGAACACAUGUGACCGAGACUGGUGGAUCUCUGAUUAAGACACUAGGACCAUGGGCAAGGAGCAGGACCUCUUACAGGCGGUCAAGAACGGAGAUCUGCCGUCUGCUCAGAAACUGCUGGCUAAGGUCAAGGCCAAUCGAAGCAAGUUACUGGGCUCAACGAAGAGACUGAAUGUCAACUAUCAAGAUUCAGAUGGGUUUUCAGCACUGCACCAUGCUGCGCUCACGGGCACCACGGACCUCAUCUCUCUGCUGCUGGAGGCCCAGGCCACCGUGGACAUCAAGGACAGCAAUGGAAUGCGCCCGCUGCACUACGCAGCCUGGCAGGGCAAAGCCGACUCGGUGCUGAUGCUGCUGCGCGCCGGGGCGUCCGUCAACGGCUGCUCACACGACGGACAGAUCCCCCUGCACCUGGCCGCGCAGUACGGGCACUACGAUGUGUCUGAAAUGCUGCUGCAGCACCAGUCGAACCCGUGCCUGAUCAACAAGGCCAAGAAGACGCCGCUGGACCUGGCCUGUGAAUUUGGGAGGCUGAAGGUUGCUCAGCUGCUGUUGAGCAGUAACAUGAUUGUGGCUCUGUUGGAGGGAGAGAGGAGGGACGGCUCGGACUCCAGCUUCAACACUCCGCUUCACCUCGCCGCUCGUAACGGUCACAAGGACAUCAUCAGGCUGCUUCUGAAAGCCGGCAUUGACAUCAACAGGGCCACCAAGGCUGGCACCGCCUUGCACGAGGCUGCCCUCUAUGGGAAAACAGAAGUAGUGCGGCUGCUGUUGGACGCUGGAAUUGACGUCAACAUCCGCAACACCUACAACCAGACAGCGCUGGACAUCGUCAACCAGUUCACCACGUCGCACGCCAGUAAAGACAUCAAGCAGCUCCUGAGAGAUGCUACAGGAGUCCUACAGGUGAGAGCUCUAAAGGACUACUGGAACUUGCAUGACCCCACAGCGCUCAACAUCCGCGCGGGAGACAUUAUCAUGGUCCUGGAGCAGCACAUGGACGGGCGCUGGAAGGGGCACAUCCACGACACCCAGAAAGGCACUGACCGCGUGGGCUACUUCCCCCCCUCCAUCGUGGAAGUCCUCAGCCGACGGUCAGGGGGCACCCUCUCCCGGCACUCCUCUCUGCCCACCCAGCGUCAGCAGUUCCUGUCGCGAGCCCCCCCCAACUCCAGCUUGAGUAUCGUCCCGCAGACUGACGACUCCUACACCCUGUACGCGCCCCCCCCGCACCUCGCCUUCCCCCGCACCAACGGCCUGGAGGACAACACAGGUACGCCACCCGACAGCCCCAGCCUCUUCUCUGAGCCAGCUAGUCCCAGUGAGGACGUAUGGGUCCUCAGGAACUCUCUCCCUGCUGGGGACAGGAACAGCGUGGGCAGCACUGGCAGCGUGGGCAGCACCCGCAGCGCUGGCAGCGGGCAGAGCACGGAGAGCAACAGCACCCACAACGGCCCGCCGCAGCUGGGCGCGCCCCCGGACCCGAACAAGCCAGCGCCCCCUGUUGGCGAAGCGGUGCAGCAGUCGAGCACAGGCCCUGACCCCGGCAAACAGCCCGAUCAGCCUCAAGGGGCCCCCCGGCGCAGUCUGAUCCCCCUGCGGUCCGGAGAGCAGGGCUUCUCCCAGCACUUCAUCCGCCCCGAGCAGCUGCUGGAGGGCCGGGACGCAGAGGCCAUCUACCAGUGGCUGAGCGAGUUCCAGCUGGAGCAGUACACGGGGAACUUCCUGAGCGCCGGAUACGACGUGCCCACCAUCAGCAGGAUGACCCCUGAGGACCUCACCGCCAUCGGCGUCACCAAGCCCGGCCACCGCAAGAAGAUCUCCAUGGAGAUAGGGAACCUGACCAUCCCCGAGUGGCUGCCGGACUACAUCCCGUCGGACCUGGUGGAGUGGCUCAGCGCUAUCGGGCUGCCUCAGUAUCACAAGAAGCUGUCGGAGAACGGCUACGACUCCAUCAGCAUCGUCAGGGACAUCACCUGGGAGGACCUGCAGGAGAUCGGCAUCAUAAAGCUGGGCCACCAGAAGAAGAUGAUGCUGGCGGUGAAGAGGCUGUGUGACAUACAGAAGGCCCGGAACCUGGCGGAGGGGCAGGGCACCCUGCGGCGGAAGCUCCCGGCCGCCCUGGAGCUGGUGGCCAUCGAGCCCCCGGAGAGCGGGGACUGCCCCUCGCCCCACACGCCCAAAAUGCUCACCUUCCAGGACAGCGAGCUGAGCGCCGAGCUGCAGACCGCCAUGUCCAACAACUACGGCGGCUGCCAGGAGGGGCUGGCCAUGAGGAGCGCGGCGGCGGCGGCCAUGUCGGCCAGCCAGGAGAGCAUCGGCACGCGCUCCCGCGGCUCGGGCCACUCCCAGGAGCCCCCGCUGGCCUCGGCCGCACCCCACAGCCGCUCCCAGGAGAGCCUGGGCAGCGCCGACAGCGGCGGCAGGUCCGGCGGCAGCCCGGCCAAGGAGCGGAACAUUCCGGAAGGAUGGGACCAGCGGCAGGCCCAGCCCUCCAAGCUGGCGCUGCUGCAGCAGAGCCCGGCCGGCCUGACUCCGCCCCACACCCCCAGCAAGGCGGGCUUCUCCUACCCGGCCGUCCCCGCCAAGCCCAAAGCCAACACCUCGCCCGUCCUGCCUUUCCACGCCGCCCCCCAGGGCUCCCCGGCCCACAAGGCCUUCAGCUACCUGCACCCCCACUGCGGCAGCCCGCUGGCCAAGCCCCUCCCCUCCGCCCACGGCCUGCCCAUCAACGGCGAGGCGCUGCGGCCCAAGAAGCGCACGCAGAGCCUGACGCGCCACGCCCUGUCGGACGGCGAGCCGGACGAGGACGAGGCGCCGGCCGUGCCCUCGGGCUCCCUGGCGUCCUACGCCACCCUCACCCGCCGGCCCGGCCGCAGCCAGCUGGCCCGCCCGCAGACCGCCGGCGAGCGCAGCGUGGGCCGCAGCCAGUCCUUCGCCAUCCGCGCCCGCCGGAAAGGCCCGCCCCCGCCGCCGCCCAAGCGCCUCAGCUCCGUCAGCGGCAGCGGGGGGGCGGAGCCGCCCGAGCCCGAGCCGCCGUGCGAGGGAGGGGUGGAGACGGAGAGCGUGGGCAGCGUGAGGAGCAUCACCGCCAUGCUGGAGACCGGCCCCGGCCCCGGGUCCCAGCGCGAGCCCUCCUCCCCGGUGCCCCCGCCCAAACCGGCGCUGCCGGCCCCCCGCGACCCCGCCGCGGGCCGCAGGAGGACGCUGAGCGAGCCCGGCGCCUGCCAGACGGACCAGCCCGACGGGGACGGGGGGGUGAAGUCGGACACGGAGGAGGAGGGCCGGGCCGGGCCGGGGCUGGACGGCUCCUCCUCGCCCCAGAGCAGCUCCAGCGAGUGCAUCCCCUUCGCCGAGGAGGGCAACCUCACCAUCAAGCAGCGGCCCAAGGCCGGCGGGCCGCUCAGACCCGAGCCCGCCACCGCGCCCCGGACCCCGGAGCUGCUCGAGUUCAACCUGAAGGAGUCGGACACGGUCAAGCGCCGGCACAAGCCCAAGGAGUCGGCCUCGCCCACUGAGGAGGGGGGCGUCGAGCCCCCGCCCCCGGCCCCGCCCUCGCCCCCGGCCCCGCCCGCCCAGGAGGGGAGCGGCCGGGACUUCCAGAGCGACGAGGACGUGGGCCUGCGCAUCGCUGAGAUGGAGAGGAGCCUGCAGUGCCUGGAGAAGGGCGGCUCGCCCCCAAAGCCCCAAAAACCCCCCGUCUCCCCGAAGCCCGCCAGCCCCCAGAAACCCACCAUUGCCGCCAGACCGCUCCCCUACCCCUCAGCUCCAGCUGCAGCAGGGGGAGCCAGUGUGAAUGUCACCGUGAUGCAGAGCGUGGCCUUCACUGCCCCCUCCCUGGGCUGCCCGCUGUCCCCAGCAGCGCCUGCUCUCUGCCAGGCAGCCAGGCCAGGAAAGGCCCAGGCCUGUGUGCCAGGCCCAGAGCCAGGCCCAGGGUGCGUGCUGGUUCAUAAGCGGCUGGAGCAGACCAGCACCUCCCUGGAGGCGGCGCUGAAGGCAGUGGAGAGGAAACUCAUCUUGGAGGACACCACCGAUGGUGGUACCAACACGGUGAAGUCUGCGGGGAACAUUCUGGACGAUAUCGGCAACAUGUUCGAUGACCUAGCUGACCAGCUGGACGCCAUGCUGGACUGAUCCCCCCCCCCCAGGCCCCGCCCAGGCCUUGCCCAGGCCCCGCCCACGCAUGGCUAAGCCUCAGCCGUCCUCCAGCAGACCUGCCUCUGCAGCCUUAGCUAAAGGCCUGGCCACCUGACUCCCUCAAUCCCCUUCACCUCAAUGACCCAAGCCCCUACCCCCCUCCUCGCCUGCACCUGCACCACCCACCACGGGGACACUGGCAGGAUCAGGAGCCUCCCUCCUUCAACACGAGCACUUAAGACUGCUGUACCUGGCGGGUCGGAGCCGUCGCUGGCGUGAAUACAGGGAUUUUGGCGCUGUGUAGCCCUCUGUGCCUGAGCACAGGCUGCAGCUGAACCAGCCCACACUGAAGCCUUUGCGUUCUUCCACAGUGCAUUUCCACUGGCUGCUCGUCUUAUCACAAACUCCUACCGUGCGUGUGAACUCGUACCGAGCUCAUUAAUGAAGGCUCGAAUGAAAUGAAACCAGUGACUCGCCUCAGAAACGAAGGGUUCGUAUUUCCUGUUUCGAUGUGCUACGCCAAAACCACGCAGGAAGAGAAGCGGGUUGUUCCGUGAGCGUUAGGAAGCACCAUUCCCAAAAGGAACAAUAUUUGUGACACACCUAAGCUGUAUAAUUUUACAGCUUUAACGGUUUCUGCCCGUUUCACCUAAUGCUGACUUGUUUUGUGACGGUGGUAUACUUGCCGUCUUUUACCGGGCGAGUAACCCUGCUCACGCAUUCUCCAUGGAGACGAGCUCACGGAGCGAGGUGUGCUUUUGUCCAAGUAGCAGGGAGCAGAGACAGUGUGCGACUGAGAGAGAUGGAGGACUGAGCUUUUGAUAUGUAAACAUGUACAUUUGCAUAGUGGUUUUACUCUAACAAAGGGAAGCAUCCGUCUGCUUUUAAAAGCAUAUUUAAAUGAAUAACUAUAUUAAGCGUAACUAAGAUUUUAAGAUGACAUUGUACAGUGGAAGAUGGCUGUAAUCACCAAUGAUAUAUUAUAUUUUGACUAAUUAUUUUAGAGCUGCAAUCAAAAAAAAUAUUUCAAUCUAAAUCUAAAACAUAUGUAUAUUACAGACUGUUUGUGUUUGUAUGUUAGUGAUUGGGAGCAAUUUAUUGUGGUCAACCAAAGUCAUGUGUAUUGCCUUUCCUCUGUGAAUAUUGUUUUUCUGACAUUUUGUAAUUUAGCCAAUUAGUUCAUUAUCAGUUAUCCUUUACCUUUUGUAUUAAUUAAAACUAAUUUAACCAUUUGACAGGAAUGAUGCCACAGAAACUUUGUACUCUUUGUACUCUGAGACUGAAGCAGAUUAAAAGGCCCAUUUCAUUGCUGAAGCAGCCUCACCUGGGUCAGUGAGACUGAAGCACAUUCAAGGCCCAAUUUCGCUGCUGAAGCAGACUCAUCCAGAUAAGUGAGGCUGAAGCUUAUUAAAGAGCCCAUUUCAUUGCUGAAGCAGACUCAUCCGGAUAAGUGAGGCUGAAGCUUAUUAAAGGGCCCAAUUUCACUGCUGAAGCAGACUCAUCCAGAUAAGUGAGGCUGAAGCUUAUUAAAGGGCCCAAUUUCAUUGCUGAAGCAGACUCAUCCGGAUAAGUGAGGCUGAAGCUUAUUAAAGGGCCCAUUUCACUGCUGAAGCAGACUCAUCCGGAUAAGUGAGGCUGAAGCUUAUUAAAGGGCCCAUUUCACUGCUGAAGCAGAUUCAUCCAGAUAAGUGAGGCUGAAGCUUAUUAAAAGGCCCAUUUCACUGCUGAAGCAGACUCAUCCAUAUAAGUGAGGCUGAAGCUUAUUAAAGAGCCCAUUUCACUACUGAAGCAGACUCCUCUGGAUAAGUAAGGCUGAAGCACAUUAACAGGCUGAUGUCACUGCUGAAGCAGACUCAUCCGUCCCUGAAAUGGUGGAAAUGAGGCCUUGUGUGGCUAUGGGGCAGGCCUGCACUGAGCAUGUGCUGGUGCCCUAAGUAGAGACAGAACUGGCCAUGGACGACAGGUUCCAUAUUUCACCAGAUGUUUCAUUUCAUAUUUUUAUCUCCAGUAAAUGGUGUAUCAGGCCUGCUCAUUAAUCCCCCCUAUUUCCACACAUUUCCUAAGAACGUCUGCAGUGCCAUCUUGCAUUAGUUGAGUAAUGCACUGGUGCUCUGUGCUACAUAUAUAGCACCAACAGGAGAGGCUGCAAUUACUGGGGUUAAGACCACUGUCAUUGACCAGUCUCAGUAUUUUUUACCUACUAACUUAUUACUUUUGUGUAGACUGCAUUGUGUCACAUGUUUUUUUCCCUUCAUUGAUGACCAGAGUUUAAUGAAUCAGUUGUCUGUUUAGCUAUUAAACAAGAGUAUAGCUCAUCUUACGGAAACUGCAUGUUUUCAUUUUAUAAGAUUCCUUGAUUCUAGUUUUUUUUUUUAGAAACGGUAUAGCUCAUAUUUUUGAUGACGUUUUUAUCAUGACUAAUUCUGUAUUAAUUCCAGGACUCGUACUGUAAAUCAUUCUGUUCAGUUAUAAGCCACUUCAUUCCUGCAGUGUCCGUGUGUGUGUGUGUGCGUGUGUGUGUCUGUGCAUGUGUGUGUGUGCGUGCACGCGUAUGCGCUGACGCAGAAACUGCUUUCAGCUAUGGUGCUGAAACGCUGAUAUUCUUUAAGGCCAGUUUAAUUAGAUUAUACAGAUCGACAGAUUUCUACUCGACAGAGCACCUUAAGAUGGAUGGUUAAAACCUGUAAUCAGAAUUGUUAUAGAAUACUGUACUGACUGGUGAAUCUUUUUUUAUAUUAUGUUCUGAAUAUUUUAUCACUUGUCUAAUCUGUUUACUGUUAACUAUUAAAAGAAGAUUUGUAUGUUUAACCUUUUUUUCUACUGAACUUUGCUUAGGUGGCAUUUUUUUGAAUGGUAUACUGAGUUUUGAUUUCCUGCAAGGGAACAAAAUCCUAACUCUAGCUUUUCACUCUGGGAAAUGCAGUGCUUCAUUUAGCUAUAUUUGUAGUUUUCAAUCAAUCGCUAUCCCAAACUCUUACUGAGAUAAUGGAUUGCAUGGAAUCCUUCCAUUUCCUGCUUAAUUGUUCCAUAUUUUUAAUCCCCCUACAUGGCUUUUCUAAGAAACCUUAGUUUGCUCAAUGUUCAGAUCUUCAUGUAACAGUAAUACAAACAUGACUGAGUGAAAUAAAACCUGUAAUGUAAUGUAAUGUAAAACUCA